UGUGCUAUCACUAAAACUGUUCGACUGUUACACAAAACGUGAUAAAUAUCCAUAUUAUUACAGAAAUAUUAUUAAUUCGAAAUUAUGGAGGCAACACAAAUCGUUGUUGCAUCAGAGAAAUGCAUAAAAUGAAAACCUAAAUAAAUGUUGCUGAAUAUUACGUAAGCGCGUUACAGUAAUUUUAUUGGGCCAUCAAUAUUAAUUUAAUGUUUAAAUAGAAGGACUUUAGGAGGAAAAAUUCAUACGAGUAUUGUUUCUCGUGUAGUGACCAAACAAAAUGGCCGCCAAGACCGCUAUCUUUGUCAGCGUCUCCGCAUUAUUGUGGGUGAGUGCUGCAAGUCAAUACCUGGGUCGCGAUCCACUGAUCGGUGGUCUAGGAGCUCCAUGUGGUCCCUGGGGACCGUACGAUGGCAUCGGAUACGACGGUCUGGGAUACGGAGGUCUGGGAGUUGGGGGAUUCAUUGGUCUCGCUCCCGGUAACCUGGCAGCAUCGUGUGGAGGCGGCUUCACUGUCACCAGCACUUCGCCCAUUGCUCCUACCGGCAUUACUGUGACGUCAGAGAACGCCAUCGAAGGAUCUUUGGCUGUGAUUGGACAGCUUCCGUUCCUGGGCACUGUGGUCACGGAAGGCACCUUCCCGUCUAAUGGUAGAGGUCUGGUGUCUUACGGCUGUGGUGAUGGUGCUAUCGGUAUUGUCUCCGAGACGCCGGUGGCAGCUCCAGGGGCGCCCGUCGGUCCGGGACUAGGUUAUGGUCCAGGGAUCCCCCCGGUCGGCUUCGGAUAUAAGGGCAUCGGUCCGGGAUGUGGAUGUGGCGGGUUGUUCUAAAUUUGUUACUUAUUUCUAAGUUUGCUUUUAAAUAUAUUUUGGAAAGAA